AUGGCUGCGCAAGCUCAAUUUGCUUGCACCUCUUGCGAUUAUGUCGCAAUGACACGACCCAACCUUUCUGAUCACAUUCGACGUAUGCACAUCGGUGUGGAUUGCCUCUUUCAGGGGUGCAACGUUCGCGUGACUUCGGAGGCCCUACUCCGCAAGCACAUCUCGACAGUACAUGGCACUAUCGCCGCCGUUGACGACCUCUAUGAAUGUCCAUGGGAGAAUUGUACACGAGCCUUCGACACUAUUAAUAGCCUUCACAGAUGUCUAUUCUUUCAUACCUACGACACCAAGAUGGCCAACAAUGAAAUAUCCCAAGAAAUUCGUAACUUGUCUAACCAAGUGGCCCAGAACCACGCGGUUGUUACGGCACGAUUGGAUGGUUUAGAUGCCAUCGCGACCAGUCUUGCUGCCUUGCAUGAAUUGACCCAAGCCAUCGCCGACAACCAACCCGGUCGUGAGAACGCAGAUAAGCAGGGGGAGUAA